AUGAAUUUAUUGGAUGAUCCAUUGGCCUCACCAGAGGCUACCAAAAAUUCGGUAAAAAGAGAAUCUAUUGAUUUGGGUAAACCUGACGAAUUGUUGGUCUUCAACCAAUGGGGAAACGUUACUGAAUUUACCAAUCCGGAAUCGCGUAGCAGCUAUUCAGAUUUGAGCAUAGAAGAGAAAAUGGCAUUCAACAAAAAACGCAGGCGUCAGAUUUUUGAGGAAACUCAGGAAUUAAGAAAAUGCAUAAAUCCUCUUGAAUUCGAAGCAUACGAAGACUAUUUUGUGUUGAAGAAAUUCAGAAAAGGUGUUUCGGCUAGUGGCAGAGUAGGAAUCGGUGAAAACCGAACCAGAAGUACGGGUGUGUACUACGAAAAAAUCACUAGAAAUGGCGACAAUGGGUCUAACGAGGACGACUCUUCACAGGAAAGCGAAACGGGCAGCAAAGAGAAAAGGCGUUCAAAGCGUGUACAAAGCUCUGUGGUCAAAAAGGAACUCUCUGAGUCAGAUAUCUUUUUGAAUUCUUCACCGGCUCCUCAAUCGGCAAAGAGUAAUACGGGAGUUUUUGAUACCAGCACAUCAGCCAGCAGCAUCAUACCUUCAAACAAUACUGACGUCAACGUACGGAGAUCAUCCAGGCUGUCCUCGAAAGAGCGAGAAAUUCUCGAAAAAAAGGCAAGUCGGCUACAGGAAGCAGGCUUCGAAGAUGCCAAUCCCAAAAUCCUGGAUCUUUUCGAAUCAAUCAUACCGAAAAUCAUAAGCCCGGUAAGAAGAUCCGACUGGCUUCUACCAAACAAAAAUCAAUUCAUACCGGAGAAAUUCGUCCCCAUAAAGCAUACACCAGAACAAAUCAAAAUUAAUGACCUCAUUCACAAUAGUAAGAUACGCAGGAUCAUGAAACGCUUCAAGGGUGGCCUAGCAGGAGUCAGGAAAAAAGACUGGGACUAUGUGAACGAACCUAACCAAACGGACAAAAAUUAG